AUGCUUGACCUCAUCAGCCUAGUGGAUAGGUCCGAUAAGCCAGGUCCCCGCAAGGCAUGCGACCAAGACCCACGGCCGCCCUUGAAUUUGCAUCCGCAACAGAGUGGCUUGGAGUUUUCUAGCCUUAGCAGGAUUAAGAAGCGGGAGGUUUCUUCGAGCCUGAGGUCUUUUCGCUCUAUUCGUGCAUGUCCGAACCCUGCUUUAGAUAUCUGGGGCGAUACUGCGUUAGAGUUCACCAAUCCUCCACACCCUCAAGACAGGAGCGGCAAGAAUAAUGCGACUAGUGUUAAGAUUAAAGGUUCCUCUGGUCGUGAUUUCGCGACCAAAGGUUUCGUUCGCAAAGACUAUGUGUCGAUGUGGAAGGGGAAGAAGGGAGCCAGUGAAACGCCCCCAGUUUCAGAGCCCGAGAAGUUCGGCUCCAACGAUAACCUCGAACUCUUCCAACCAUCACCACUUCCCGGAUCUUCUAAAGAGAUCCUUGUUCGUGUUGGUUCUGGUACGCGUAUAAUGGAAAACAAGUUUGUUCAAACCCCGUCAUCAAAAAUUCCCCUUCCUCCUAGCAAGUCUAUUGGGGAUAUCCAGGCGCAAACAUCUACUUUCAAAAAGCCUGCCGUUGUUCUCUCUUCUAGACUGCCCAUCCUUCCCAUUACGACAUCGCUAAAGGGAAUGCGAGAAGGUUCAGUGAAGAACAAGACGAUGAGCACCACGCCUCCUGGAUCCUCGACACAUCCUUUGCCCAGUUCUAGAAGCCCUUCCUUUCCAUCGGGUCUGGACAGCCCACUGGCGGUUACCAUACCCUGCAGCCCGCUACUUUCCAUAACGCGUCCCAAAGAGGUGCAAAUACAGAACCCACAUAAUGAUGGAGAGGCUAAGGCUUCUUUACGACUAUCCAUGGCCCUUGCAAGUAUGGAACAAGGACCCAAAUACGACGGUAAUCUUAAGGUCGUUUCACGGUCGGCCACUACCCUUUCAGUCACGACUCCAAUAGAAGUGUAUUCCCAAGAGCCCCAGGACUACGGUAGAAUUUCUCCUGCUCCAAAAGUGCCACCUAGAUUUUGGAUGAUGACGCCUAAAGAGGUAUUUUCCCAGGCACCACAAGACGACAGCGAUCCCGAAGUUGCUCCAAAAACACCUCUCCCCACUGUUUCGAAGCCGACUGCUUCCCCAGGGUGGACGCCUGACAGGACUCCCAAUUCGAAGCUUUCAAAACUCUCUAUGACCUUAGUUAAGACGAUACAUUCGCAAGAGACAUUCAUUCCAAUUCAUCCAAUCCCUGCUCCCUCAACUACCCCACCUCUGCCGGAGAUCAUUCCGCCUCCACAACCAGCACAGUCUGCCACGGGAGGGCUCACAGUCUCCGGCGCUCUAAACGUUAUUCUCGGUCUCCUAGCCUCCGCUUCCGUGAGCUUUGAAGUGGAGCAUCUCGGAGAAGUGGUCGCUGAUGAGUUGGUCCAAAAGAUGUGGUACAACUUUCUCAUUGGAGUCAUACUAUGCAUUUUAUUAUUCAUUUGGGGUGACUGGGCAAAUGGAUUGCUCAGGCUUCCGGAGAGUAUCGGCUUCUUGGUUGGUCGGAAGGUUGGUUCAAUCGCCCGUGCUGCCUCAGAUGGAUAUCGAGAUGGUCGUGAUUAUUAA